AUGGCCGUCGGUCCGCCUCUUGUUUAUGCCGACCAAGCCUACUCAAUUGUGAGGAAACAGGAUGCUACAGGCUUCUCCCGUGACGUCUGUGCAAUACUCCUCCUGGCCAACAUCACGCGAUGUUUCUUCUGGUUGGGGAAUCGCUUCGAAACUGCCCUUCUAGUGCAGUCGUUCCUCAUGAUAAUUGCUCAAUUAGCCCUCUUGUACAUCUGCAUCCGCUUCCGCCCAAGACUCAGCCCAGAAAGCUUGGGUGCAUCAACAAGACCGUUCUCAUUCUGGCAAUGGCCGACAUACACCCAACACCUCGAAUUCCUCGCUGCGUUCAUCCUUUGUGAAUCUAUCCUCUUCCUGAUACUCGGACGGUCCGAAGUUUUCGUCUCUAUCCUCGGCUUCGUAGCUCUCGGACUGGAGAGUACGCUCCCUAUCCCGCAGCUCAUCAGCAACUACAAGCAACGGUCUCUAUAUGGGUUCCGGAUGUCGACCCUGAUAGGAUGGUUCGGCGGCGACUCGUUCAAAACGGUGUACUUCUUCCUGCAGGGUUCUCCACUCCAGUUCAAAGUCUGCGCCAUAUUUCAACUUUCGAUCGACUGCGCUAUUGUGCUUCAACGUAUUUGGUACGGUAAUGCGCCUCCUGCGACGGCGUUGAUGGAGGACGAGGAUAUUGAGCAGGCGCUCGCAUUAGAUGAAGAGUAG